AUGCCCCUGAUUGAGGGGUGGCUCCCGCCGACGCGGGAGAACUGGCAGACUAUCACUACUGUGUGGCAGCUUUCCUGGCCUGUGUUCGGCUCUCUGCAGUAUGUCAUCAAUUGGUACGGCAUGGGCAAGACCUCGGUCACGAGCCGCCUCAACAUCCCCGGCCGCCUGGCAUGGUUCCUGAUGGAGGUUCCGGGCGUCACGACGUUGUUGUACAUCAUGAACACCCUGCCGCGACAGGUCGGCAUUGACGAUCUGCCGUGGCAGAAUAAGGUGCUCGCUGGGUUAUUCACCAUCCACUACGCCUACCGUGCCGUCCUAUUUCCGAUUCUCCAACCCUCAAUGUCCCCAAUCCACGUCGUCGUUGCCUCUUCGGCCGUCCUCUUCCAACUCAUGAAUGCGACAUGCCUGGGAAGCUACCUCGCCGCCUACGGCCCUACCACAGCCUCAGCAUGGGACUCUGCCCUCGGCCGCGGCGGCAUCGCGCAGUUUGCCGCGGGCAUUGCCGUCUUCUACGUCGGCUUGACGCUGAACUACUUCCACGACGAGGAGCUGCGCGAGAUCCGCAGGACGGAGCAGCGGCGCCAGGCCAAGAUUGCGAAGCAACAGAAGCUGGAGGGUAAUAUGGAUAUGGCAAGGGGCGUGGAUAAGCAUUAUCGGCUGCCUGACACGAUGCUGUUUCGGUAUAUGCUGUACCCGCAUUACUUUUGCGAGUGGGUGGAGUGGUUUGGGUUCUGGAUGGCGAGCGGGUGGAGCGUACCCGGAAGGGCGUUCUUUUUGAAUGAGAUCUUUGUCAUGUUUCCGAGGGCGAGGAGCGGGAGGCGGUGGUAUGUUGGGCAGUUUGGGGAGGAAAAGGUUGGGAAGAAGUGGACUAUUAUUCCGGGGGUUUAUUGA